UGUGACAUAAUAAUACAGAGAAGCUAAAAAAUUGGUCUAUGGAUGAUUGGAGAUCUCGUGGUCAAACAUUAACGGAGGACGAUCUUCAAAUAAAGGCAAUACAUAAGGAUUGUGUAAAUGCGGCAUGCAUAUUACAGGUUUCAGUUGGAAUUGAUACAAAAUCGCUUGUUCAAAAAAUGCAAAACUUUGUAUUGAAAAAAAAAUUUACCCCUAAAAAUGGACUCCUCAAACUUAUUAUUCGUGUGGGUCAAAACAAAAGGCAGAACAUUCCACCUUUAAAUCAUAUUCUUACUGCAGAAUCAGAAGUAGAAAUUGAUUUUAAUACAUCAAAAAAAACACAAGAAAACUCCUUUAAGUCAACAAAACAGAAAGAGAAAAAAAAAUUUAUCUUUGAAGAACCUCCUUUACCAUCAUUACCAUUGUGGGAGCCACCAAACCUUCCUGAUUCCGAUUCAGUAUACAUUUUAAAAUUUUGUCCCAUUCAAUAUUGUGAAUGUAUUUAA